UUCACCGUGUUAGCCAGGAUGGUCUCGAUCUCCUGACCUCGUGAUCUGCCCGCCUCGGCCUUCCAAAGUGUUGGGAUUACAGGCGUGGAGCCACUGCGCCCAGCCCAGCAUGGGUAUUUUAAGAAGAGACGGAGAGGCUGUCACUGCAGUAGCCAAUGUCCUGGAAAAUUAACCGUUGCACGGCCCAGAAGCGUCUACGUGGCGGCCAAUGGGAGCCGAAGCCUGCGAGGAUGUUGGGAACUGUAGUUCUGGCGUAGGUCGACGGCCGAGUUCCUGGGCCCGCUGGCUCCGAUCUGAGGCUUUCUUGUUAAAGGAAGAGGAGGCCUGCUCUUUUUUUUUUUUUUUUGAGACACAGUUUCACACUUGUUGCCUAGGCUGGAGUGCAGUGGUGCAAUCUCGGCUCACCGCAACCUCAACCUCCCAGGUUCAAGCGAUUCUCCUGCCUCAGCCUCCCAAGUAGCUGGGAUUACAGGUCCACCUUCUCCAAUACCUGCCUGCUGGGAGAGGACUAUCUCUUGAGAAAGGAAGGACUUCUGUGCUCCUGAGAACCUCCUAUCAGGUCCUGGCUGCAUGGAAACAAGAUGAGCUUUUACAAUUAAGGUUGGAAGAAGUCACCACAGGCAGCAGAACUCCAUCUUGAGAUGAAAUAACAUCUACCUGGACCUCUGGUAGAAACUCAAGGUUCACACUGGGCUGACUCUGGGGCCAUGAUGUUGCCUCAUCCUUCAGCACUGGGAGAUCAAUACUGGGAAGAGAUUUUGCUUUCAAAGAAUGGGGAAAAUGUAGAGACCAUGAAGAAAUUGAUCCAAAAUCAUAAAGCGAAAGGCUUGUCUUCUAAUGAUACUAACUGGCCCCAGGAAAAGGAGGGAAAGGCCCAAAUAGUGGUACCAGUUACAUUCAGGGAUGUGGCUGUGAUCUUCACAGAAGCAGAAUGGAAGAGACUGAGUCCAGAGCAGAGGAAUCUAUACAAAGAAGUGAUGCUGGAGAAUUACAGGAAUCUUCUCUCAUUGGCAGAACCAAAGCCAGAAACCUACCCUUGUUCCUCCUGCCUUCUGGCCUUCUCCUGUCAGCAAUUCCUCAGCCAGCAUGUGCUUCAGAUCUUCCUGGGCUUAUGUGCAGAAAAUCACUUCCAUCCAGGGAAUUCUAGCCCAGGGCAUUGGAAACAGCAGGGGCAGCAGUAUUCCCAUCUAAGCUGUUGGUAUGAAAAUGCAGAAGGUCAGGAGAGAGGAGGUGGCUCCAAACCCUGGUCUCCAAGGACAGAGGAGAGAGAAACCUCAAGGGCAUUCCCCAGCCCACUCCAAAGACAGUCAGCAAGUCCUAGAAAAGGCAACAUGGUGUUAGAAAUAGAACCUAGCUCAGCCCAAAGACCAAACCCUGUGCAGCCAGACACAGGCUUGAAGGAAUCAGAAACCUUGAGAUUUGGAGCAAUCAACUGUAGAGAGUGUGAACCGGACCGUAGCCUGGAAUCAAACUUUAUUACAAACCCAAGAACCCUCUUAGGGAAGAAGCCCUACAUUUGCAGUGAUUGUGGGCGAAGCUUUAAAGAUAGAUCAGCCCUCAUCAGACACCAUCGUACACACUCGAUGGAGAAGCCUUAUGUGUGCAGUGAGUGCGGACGAGGUUUUAGCCAGAAGUCCAACCUCAGCAGACACCAGAGAACACAUUCAGAAGAGAAGCCUUAUUUGUGCAGGGAGUGUGGGCAAAGCUUUAGAAAUAAGUCCAUCCUCAAGAGACAUCAGUGGACUCACUCAGAAGAGAAGCCCUAUGUUUGCAGCGAGUGUGGGCGAGGCUUUAGUGAGAAGUCAUCCUUCAUCAGACACCAGAGGACACACUCCGGUGAGAAACCCUAUGUGUGCCUGGAGUGUGGACGAGGCUUUUGUGACAAGUCAACCCUCAGAAAACACCAGAGGAUACACUCGGGGGAGAAGCCUUAUGUUUGCAGGGAGUGUGGGCGAGGCUUUAGCCAGAACUCAGAUCUCAUCAAACACCAGAGGACACACUUGGAUGAGAAGCCUUAUGUUUGCAGGGAGUGUGGGAGAGGCUUUUGCGACAAGUCAACCCUCAUCAUACACGAGCGGACGCACUCUGGAGAGAAGCCUUAUGUGUGUGGUGAGUGUGGCCGAGGCUUUAGUCGGACAUCACUCCUCCUUGUCCACCAGAGGACACACUCAGGGGAGAAGCAUUAUGUCUGCAGGGAGUGUAGGAGAGGUUUUAGCCAGAAGUCAAAUCUCAUCAGACACCAGAGGACACACUCAAAUGAGAAGCCUUAUAUUUGCAGGGAAUGUGGGCGAGGCUUUUGUGACAAGUCAACCCUCAUUGUACAUGAGAGGAUACACUCAGGAGAGAAGCCUUACGUGUGCAGUGAGUGUGGCCGAGGCUUUAGCCGGAAGUCACUCCUCCUUGUCCACCAGAGGAUACACUCAGGGGAGAAGCAUUAUGUUUGUAGGGAGUGUGGGCGAGGCUUUAGUCAUAAGUCAAAUCUUGUCAGACACCAGAGGACACACUGACGGGAGAAACCUGUGUAUGCAGGGGUCAUGAACAAGACCUGAGUGAUCAGGCAAGCCUCAUGUUACCCCAGAGACACACAUGGGGAGUAGACCCUGUGUAUGCAGAUUGUGAGUGAAGUUCCGGAGAUGUGUCGACCUUUAUCAGGCAUGGGAGGGACACGUUCAGGAGAGGAGCCUUAUGAGUAUAGAGUAUGGGCAACUGUAGCCAUCAGUCGGCCUUCAGCAUGCACAAGAGGACACACUUAGGAGAGAAGUUUACGUGUAGGGACUGUGGGAAGGCUUUAGCAAUAAUCAACAUUUACCAAACAUCUAAUGACCGCCUCAGGGGAAAGCACCCUUGUCUGGGGAGUGUUGGUGAGCAUCAGCAAAAGAAUGGACAGUCAGGCACAAGGUGGCCCUCCGGAAGGAGGUCUUUGUUUGCAGGAUGUAUGGGCAAAGCUUUUGUGAUCACACACCACAGGGAGACUCUGCAUGUGGGGACACUGUGGAGCUCUGCCCAGAUGACCUUUUCAUGGCUAACACCCCAGCUGCUUGAGAGAACUUGAGAGAACAGCAUUGCUGCUGGCAAUGAUGCAUUCCACUCCGGAACUCGCUCUCAGCCACAGGGAACUGCACACACCACAGGGGCUAUGCAUCUUUGCAGGGGUCGCUUCUGGCCCCAACGCUUGACUCAACGGGGACAACUCCAGAAUGUCAUUCCAGAUCCAGAGAUUCCCAUCGAACUGAAGGAUCACUGGAUUGCAGACACGUUGCACAUCAGCCUCUUCCUCUGCCCAGUCCUGCCCUCACUCCCCAGUGAAUCCUCAAUUUUCCAUCUCAUUGUUUCUCCAGAGAAUUGAUUCUAAGACAUGUUAGGUAUAUAAGGAGUGUAGAUAAGGCUUCAGCCACAAGUCACCCCUCAAUAAGCCCCAGAGUAUAUAGAAUAGAAAUUCUGCACAUGUCAGGAGAAUGGACAGGGAUUUAGGAAAAAGGCACACCUCAUCAAAGAACAGCUUUUUUGGGACAAGCUUUACAUGGGUGGGGAGGGAAAAUGUGAAACAUACUAGCAAUAAGUUAAACCUCAUCUUGUACUAAAGGAGGACACACUCAGGGAGAAGACUUAUGUGGGCAGGGCUUGUGGGUGGAGCUUCAUCCCGAUGUCCCUCCUCAACUGACUUAGGAGGACAGAAUCUUGCCACCCUAAGUCACUACCUCACUCACCUCUGAGGGGCUUUCAGGAGAUGUCUUGACUCCCCCACGUACUCUGAAUGUAAGCAAAGGUGGCAGUAACUGUUAAAUAAGCAUUCUUUUCUACUUCUUGGAAUCGGAAUUAAAAAGUAGGCUUUAUUUAAGUAAUCAAAAAA